AUGUGCAAAAUUGAUCUGAAGGUGCAGCCUUACUUAUUCGAAAUUGGCUACGAAAGGUGGUCUAGGGCAUACUCCAAAGUGAAAAGGUCGAUGGUAAUGACUUCCAAUAUUGCAGAGUCAAUUAAUGCAGCAAACAAGGAUGCUAGAGAGUUACCAGUAAUGCGAUUGCUGGAGCACAUGACAAAUUUGCUACAACAGUGGAACGACAAAAACAGAAAAAGUGCAAUGGAGACAUCUACAGAGCUUGGCGAAAAGUACGACAAACUCCUUCGGGAAAAUCUGAUUGCAUCGGAGCAAAUGACGGUGAGGCCAGCUACGGAGCAAUUAUAUACUGUGCUUGAAGGGUUGCGGCAAUUUCAAAUGGAUGAACUUCCAUGUCCGCAUGCUUGGGCGGUUUUGAAGAACCAACAGCUGAAACCUGGCCAGUAUUGCUCUUUUUACUACAAGAAGGAUAAACUCCUUAGAACUUAUGAAUUUCCAGUGAAUCCGAUACCAGAUGAGAGUUUAUGGGUAAUCCCAACAGAGGUGCUGGAAGAUGUGGUCCUACCACCUAAAGGGAGACGGAAAGCAGGAAGGCCAAGAAAGGAAAGACUCAAACCUGCUUCAGAGAAAGAGUCUAAGAGGGCGUUUUCAUGUUCUGUGUGUGGACAAAGUGGUCACAAUAGAAAAACAUGUAGGAAUCGACCAAAAUAA